AUGUCUGCUGAACCUCAAUUGAAAAAGCAAAAACCCAAUGGAAAGAAGAAAUUGCACUUCAAUGCGUUUGAAAUCUUUUCACCAGGUCAUUCUAAUCCUGGUCAAUGGUCAAAUCCAAAAGAUUUAUCUUCAACAAAAGAUACUAUAGAAUUUUGGGAAAACAAUGCUAAAUUAUUGGAAAAGGGGAAAUUCACAUGUUAUUUCCUUGGUGAUACCUUGGGUGGAUUUGAAGUGUAUGAAGGUUCAAGAUCUCCAGCUAUCAAAAUUGGUACAGAAUUCCCAGUGUUGGACCCUUUUUUAAUUGUUCCUUCCAUGUCAAGGGUUACUGAAAAAUUAGGAUUUGGUGUAACAGCUACAACAACUUUUGAACCUCCUUUCUUAUUAGCAAGAAGACUAGCAACAUUGGAUCAUUUAACUAAAGGAAGAAUAGGCUGGAAUAUAGUGACAUCAUGGAAUAAUACCAGUGCUAAAGCUUUAGGAUAUGAUAAAAUUAUGGAUCACGAUGAAAGAUAUCAAAUGGCUGAUGAAUACUUGGAAUUGUUGUAUAAACUAUGGGAAUCUUCAAUUGCAGAUGAUGCUGUUGUUAUUGAUAAAGAAAACCAAACAUUCACAGAUCCUUCAAAAGUUCAAGUAAUCAAACAUGAAGGUAACUAUUUCAAAUGUGAAACACCAUUUAUUGUUCAUCCAUCAUUACAAAGAACACCUUUCUUGUUUCAAGCAGGUACUUCUAAGGCAGGUGUUGAAUUUGCAUCAAAGCAUGCAGAAGGUAUAUUUAUGGCUAGUCAUUCACCAGAAGUUUUAGCUCCAAAAAUUCAACAAUUGAGAAAUUUGGCUAAAGAGAAAGGACGUGAUCCUCAAUCAAUCAAGGUUUUCCCAUUAUUUACACCAAUUGUUGGUAAAGAUGAUGAGGAUGCGAAUUUAAAAUAUGAAGAGAUCAAAAAAUAUAGAUCAACAGAAGGUGGAUUGAUUUUCUUCAGUGCUCUAACAGGAAUUGAUUUAUCAAAAUAUGAUCUUGAUGAAGAGAUUAAUGUUGAAGAUUCCAAAGUUCCACAAGUUGUUCAAAGUGCGGUAGAACAUUUAUUCAAAGAGCAAAAAGAUAUUAAAUGGACACCAAGAAAAGUUGGCGAAGAAUUAAGUCUUGGAGGUAAUGGUCCUGUUAUUGUUGGUGGACCUGAAAAAGUGGCUGAUUAUAUUGAAAAUUUUGUUGAAAUUGCAGAUAUUGAUGGUUUUAACAUCACACCUGUUGUUAAUCCUGGAUCAUAUGAAGAUAUUAUUGAAUAUUUGAUUCCAGAAUUACAAAAAAGAGGAUUAUAUUGGGAUGAAGAUGAAGAUCCACAUGGUAUAACUUUGAGAUCACAUAUAUUAGGACAAAACCAUGUUGAACCAGGACAUCCAGCUACAAAUUUCAAAUAUAAGGAUUGA